GUGAAAGGCCAUUGGGGAAAGCGUCGGGGUUACUCGGGAUCCUUAAUACGAGUUAGUCGCGCAGCGGGUUUCAUCAUCGUGCAGGAGCGCUCACAGCGGGGAUUGCUCCUCCACCCCUUCCCAAUUUUACCCUCUCUCUUGCUCGCGAUCCCUCACAUUCUUGUCUUUCAGGCGCUCUAGUGCUUUUGCGCCACAGCAGGCUGACUGCCUGCCUCGACAGACAGGGUAGCUGUCAGACAGGGCUGCUUCUCCCUCCUCCUCGGCUACCGUCGAGCGGUCUGGGAGUUGCGUCCAUCAGCUUCCGUUUAGAAAGAGCACUUGUCGCCGCGCUUCUCUCCAAAACUGCGAUCAAUCGCCGCCACGGGAGAGGCACCGUGUUUGUUCCUUUGUUGGCGCAUACUUCGUCCCCGGCAACAGGUGCCCUGUCGUCAGGGUGGUUCAUCCGUUGUCCUCAGAGGCACUCUCCUUUCCCUCAAACCUCCCAUGUUAUUUGUCCCCGACUUCAGUAACUGAUCGUUGAGACGUAUUGGAAGUUUUUCUUUGAUACACUGUUUACCGCACUGUAUUUUGAGUACCCAGAUCGUCCACGCAACUCCGAAGACCCAGAACUCGUUACGGAGUGCUGGCUGGAACCAGUCUUGAAGACUUUUCAGUUAACGUGUUGCAUGGUUGGGCAUUUCUUGGAGGGUACUGAUGUGGUACAUGUGACUCUAGGUCCUUCUCCUCUCUUUUGUCUCCCGGUUGAUUAAUUAUAUCGGACGAAACACUCAUUGGCCAACUUUGCAUUGCGUGAAGGCGGUUAACAGGCGCGAAUUGAUCGCGCUCAUAUUCGGACCAAAACCUCCUUGGCCAUUUUGCUUCGUAACUUGCAGGUUUUGAGGGAUAUGACGCUACAUAGCAGAAAUGUUAUCUUUUGUUUCGUUAGUGGUCGUGUAGCUCACGGCGUUUAACAGUACCACAAUUCUGCAUCGUUGAAUGAGCCUGUCGCGAAGACGCUAACUGGAAUUGCACUGAACUUUCGUUAAGAUACUCUCAUAUUUCGCACUCAGUAGGUUUAGGAAUCGAUUAUAUUUUGAUUUUGACCAAGGUAAUGACGAUUUGAUAAAGUUCUGUAGGUACGUGACCGUUUCAAAUACGAUACUUUUCCGUUACAAGGCAGGUGUCAGAUUGCUACCUCGUAGUGACUAUCUGUCUGUCCAGUGGGAACGUUCUUGAAAUUUCACUGCUAUGAAGACACCCAGCAUAAUUCAGAGGUCGUUGUGUUCGGCGAAAGGGCGGCGAUUGCAGAGGUCUAUCAACAAUAUGAAAAUCACAGUUUUGUGCGGUCUUAUGACCAUCUUGGUUCUCCGCGGAACUAUAGGUGCAGGCAAUUUUGGAACUCCGGCCCAGGAUUUCGAAGAAAUAAAGGCACACCUUAGGUCUGCAACGCGGGAGUAUCACGCUGCCCGUGUUCUCACUCAGGUUGAUGAGAAAGUAUCAGCUGAUGGGGCUUCCUCUGAUGACAUCGAGGAGGUUAGGAGCAACCUCAUGACACCAUAUCGCCUUGGACCUAAAAUAAGCGACUGGGAUGACCAGAGAAAGCAGUGGUUAUCUGAGAAUAGUCAGACCAGUAUUUCUUGGCAAGGGAGGCCUCGGGUGCUGCUUGUGACGGGCUCUCAACCUUCAAGCUGUGAGAAUUCUGAAGGUGAUAAUUUUUUGCUCAAGUCUGUGAAGAACAAACUUGACUACGCACGGCUACACGACAUUGAAUUGUUUUACAAUAUGGCGCACUUGGAUCAAGAAAUGAUAGGGUUUUGGGCGAAGCUUCCGCUACUGCGCAAGUUAAUGUUGACGAACCCGGCUGUGGAGUGGAUAUGGUGGAUGGAUAGCGAUGCAUUGUUCACGGAUAUGUCCUUCGAAGUGCCUCUGGAAAAGUACGAGAACUACAAUCUGGUAUUGCACGGAUUUGACGACAAAGUGUACCAGCAGAAGCUAUGGACUGGCUUGAACACUGGGAGCUUCUUUAUUCGCAACUGUCAAUGGGCUUUGGACUUAUUGGACGCUUGGGCGCCUAUGGGACCGAAAGGAGUGAUCAGGAAUCAAGCAGGUGAAAUGUUGUCCAAGAGCCUGACGGGAAGGGCUAAUUUUGAAGCGGACGAUCAAUCUGCUCUGGUGUAUCUUCUUAUUACCCAAAGGCUGGAGUGGGCGAACAAGGUUAUGCUGGAGAAAUCGUUCUAUCUGCAUGGAUACUGGGUGGACUUGGUUGGUAAAUACGAGGAAAAUAUGGCGAAGAGCCACCCUGGAUUCGGAGAUGACAGGUGGCCAUUUAUUACUCACUUUGUUGGGUGCAAACCUUGCCUAAAGAACGGAGGUGACUACUCUGUGGAUACAUGCUUCAAGCAGAUGGAAAGGGCGUUCACAUUCGCUGACAACCAGAUCCUGGAUGUUCUUGGUUUUCGGCACAGAAAGUUGGGGUCGCCCAGAAUUGUCCGUGUAAGAGAUGACAGUUCGCAUCCAUUGAAACUGGAAGGGAAGAGUCUUGACAGGUUACCCUCAGUUGUGUAGUCUAAGUGCGUUGAUGAGGUAGUGAACAUGUUAUAGGGAAGAGCUGCACGUCUCUUCAAAUUUUUACGGCGAUAACUGCGUGAUGGUCCGUGUUCUUAGAAGCAAUCUAUUUCUUCAACUUUUAACGGGAGAUGGCAGAUGCAAGAGAGGCCAGUGCCAUUGUCUGGGUUCCUCUCUUCGUAUCUACUUUAUUCUCACAUGUAUCAUAGAGACAGUUGCGUCCAUCCUAUUCUUUUAGAAUCAGUGAUGAUCGAACUCACCUCCAGGAUUUCACUUAUUCCUAUUCAUUGUAAUCAUUCUUAAACCGCUCACCAAUAGAAAUUUUGAUUUGACCUCCUAUUGCA